GGAGGAGAGUGUCCGGAUGCUCGGCACAUCAUCUUGGAGAGCGGACCACCGGGUUGUUGCUUCUGUUUCUGCUUCUGCUGCUGCGCGGCGUUUCUGUCCCACCUGAAGCCUUAUGACCCAACUGCCGCUUAAAUCCGAGACGAAAUCAAAGGAAAACUACAAACCAACGUAAACAGGUGGCACCGUGUUGGAGAGAAAAUGGCACUCCACUGGAGUGUGCUGCUGGUGUUCCUGUUUACCAUCCUGGCUCUGUCACAAGGUGCUGAUCCUGCUGCUCCACAUGGCAAAAGGAGAAAGGCACAAAGCUCAGCAGGUAGCAGUAAUGCCCUACAGUACCCUGGUCAAGUUCUGCAGAGCCAAAGCUAUGGCAGGGAUAGCAGGGGGCACGGCAGCCAGAGGAGCCGCUACGCUAAAGGCGAAGCUGGAAUCCCCUCUCACCGGAGCCUGCAUCCUUUGCCCAGGCUUGAUGAUGAGGAGACGGGCCUGGAGGGCCUGAACCCAGUAAGAGUUGAAAUGGGCCCAAGCAGGGACAGAGCUCGACAGAAUGCAAAGAGCUCAUCCCAGAACCAGGAAAGCAAGAACCAGGAAAACCAGCAAGUAGGAACACGCAAGGGAAGAGGCCACGGGAAUGGACACAGGCACCUUUUUGAGAACAAGAAGCAAGGGAGUCGACGAGACAAGGUGCGACACAAAAAAGGGUUUCCCUCAGGGCCUGAGGCCAGCUCUGUGUUCAAGGACAGAGACCAAUUCGAGGAUCCUCCCCCUUCUUCAUCCUCACCAUCUACCUCCCCCUUCCUUGGCGUGACCCCACCCAGUGAACCCCCCUCCCCCAUUGACAGCCUCUUUGACUCUGACUCCUCCAUGGUUACCACAGCGACGAACGAGCAUCCCCCAACGCGUCCCCCUGGCCCUGCCAAACCCCAGAAGACUGGACAAGGUCAAGGAGAGGUGAUGCCAACAUUGGACAUGACGCUCUUUGACUGGACGGAUUAUGAAGAUAUGAAGCCUGUGGAUUCCUGGCCAUCUUCCAGAAAGAAAGACAAGAGACGGAGUAAAAACCUCAGCAGUGGAAAUUUGACAGCAGAUGUGGAUGCAAUUGAGCCAUGUGACCACCAUCUGGACUGUCUUCCAGGUUCCUGUUGUGACCUGAGACAACAUGAGUGCAAACCUCACAACAGGGGCCUGAACAACAAAUGUUACGAUGAUUGCAUGUGUGAGGAAGGAUUUCGUUGUUAUGCUAAAUUUCAUCGGAAGAGACGUGUAACCAGGAGGAGGGGCCGGUGUGUCGUCCCAGAGUCAGUCAGCAAUGACCACGGAGGCUUCAUCACCAUAUGAAGAUGAGAGAGGAAUAAGCAUGGAGAAGAAACAUGUGACUACAUCAAUAAAACAGGACAGCCAUGAUACUUCUAAAGAA